AUGUUUUGGCAAACAUUCACCCGGCGCAAAACACUUCAUGAACUCUCAAGAAACUCAUACACCUACUCUCAAACAAGGCCAACAUUUGCCAGCGUCAUAUCCCCCCGGGUCCCCUCUAAAUGGAGAAGCGUGACCACCGCGCGGAGUAAAGCUCUGCCGUUGGACGGCAUCACCGUCGUCUCCUUAGAGCAAGCCAUCGCAGCCCCCUUUUGUACUCGGCAGUUGGCCGACUUGGGCGCCAGAGUCAUCAAAGUUGAGCGUCCCGACGUGGGCGACUUUGCUAGGGGGUACGACUCGCGCGUGAACGGCGUAUCGUCGCAUUUUGUAUGGACCAACCGCUCCAAGGAAAGCCUUGCGCUGGACUUGAAAACCCCGCGUGACUUGGGCAUCUUGAAAAAGAUUCUUCUUCGUGCGGACGUCAUGGUGCAGAAUCUGGCGCCGGGUGCCACGGAAAGGCUUGGGCUCUCGCAUGAGGAGCUUCGUAAAACGAACCCGGGCAUUAUUGUCUGCGACAUCUCGGGCUAUGGAUCACAUGGGCCUUACCGUGAUAAGAAGGCGUAUGACUUGCUCGUGCAGAGUGAGUCGGGCAUGCUUGAUGUAACAGGCGGCGAGACAGAGCCAGCCAAGACGGGCAUAUCUAUAGCAGAUAUUGCGGCUGGGAUGUACGCCUAUUCAAACAUAUUGGCGGCCCUUCUGGAGCGUGAAAAGACUGAAAAAGGUCGCCGCAUCGACAUUUCAAUGCUAGAAAGUAUGGUCGAAUGGAUGGGGUUUCCUAUGUAUUAUGCUUUUGAUGGGCAGCCGGGGCCAGCUCGAGCGGGUGCAUCUCAUGCGACGAUAUAUCCGUAUGGACCCUUUGAGACGGGAGCCGACGGAGCGUCUGUAAUGAUGGGUGUGCAGAAUGAGAGAGAAUGGGCCAUCUUGUGUCGCGAUGUGCUGGGCAACGCAGCGUUGGCGACAGAUGAGCGAUUUGCGAAUAAUUCUCUGAGAAGUACUAAUCGGGCAGAGCUGAAGAAGAUUAUUUGCGCCUGCUUCUCCAGCCUCACUGCGGGUGAAGUUAUUGAGAAGCUGGAUAAAGCGGGAAUUGCUAAUGCCAACGUAAACGACAUGCAAGGAGUGUGGAAUCAUCCCCAGCUGCGAGCGAGGGAGCGUUGGGUUGAUGUGAAGACGCCGGGCGGAAUCGUUCCCGGAUUGCUGCCACCUGGAGCUGAUGAUGCUUCACGGGCCAAUAUGGGAGAAGUUCCAAGUGUAGGACAGCAUAAUAAGUCCAUACUGGCGGAAUUUGGUAUACAGGAAGAAGAAGGUUAA